CUUUUUUUUUUUUUUUUUGAAGUUACAUCCUGCUAACUUACACUCACUGUAACUGCUAUAAAACCCACAGCCAGCAACUAUUUCCUCCUCAACGACGCAACUGAAUCCUAGUUUAUGUUGUUUUGGGGUAAGGAUAAGAAAAUGAAGUUCAUGAUACCCGAGUUUCUGGUUUUCGGGUGUGUUUUGUUGAGUCUUAUCGAUAAUGUCUACUCGGGCAUCACAAGCAGUUUCAUCCGUUCGGAGUUUCCAGCCGUUGACAUGCCUCUUGAUCACGAAGUUUUCGCGAUUCCGAGUGGUUAUAAUGCACCACAACAGGUACAUAUCACUCAAGGGGAUUAUGAUGGAAAAGCUGUAAUUAUAAUGUGGGUUACACCUAGUGAACCAGGGUCAAACCAUGUAAAAUAUGGAACAUCAAAGAAGAAGUAUGACUUUACUGCACACGGCUCUACGGUUAAAAAUUACACCUUUUACAACUACAAGUCUGGUUUUCUUCAUUCAUGCCUUGUCAAGGACCUUGAGUACAACACCAAGUACUAUUAUCAGAUUGGAGAAGGUAAUUCUGCUCGAUCAUUUUGGUUUAAAACACCUCCAAAGAUCGAUCCAAACGCUUAUUAUAAAUUCGGAAUUAUAGGUGACUUGGGGCAAACAUUCAAUUCUUUGUCAACCCUUGAACAUUACAUUGAGAGCGGAGCGGAAACUGUGUUAUUCGUUGGAGAUCUAUCUUACUCCGAUGAGCAUGAAUUCGAUGAAAUGGGUGAACGUUGGGAUUCGUAUGCUCGUUUCGUUGAACGAAACGCAGCAUAUCAACCAUGGUUAUGGAUAGUCGGAAAUCAUGAAGUCGAGUAUCUUCCAGAAAUAAACGAAGUUGAACCGUUCAGAGAAUAUCUCAAUAGAUACACGACGCCUUACACAGCUAGCGGAAGCAGUAGUCCGCUUUGGUACGCUGUGAGACGCGCGUCCGCUCAUAUAAUUUUUCUGUCUAGCUAUUCUCCUUAUGUGAAGUACACACCUCAAUAUGAGUGGCUCCUAGCAGAGUUUAAAAAAGUGGACAGGAAGAAAACACCUUGGCUUUUCGUCCUUAUGCACUCGCCGCUAUACAACAGUAAUAGCGCUCACUAUAUGGAGGCUGAAAGCAUGCGAGUUGUGUUCGAGAGUUGGUUUGUUCAGUACAAGGUUGACUUAGUCUUUGCCGGACAUGUUCAUGCUUAUGAAAGAUCGCACCGGAUCUCUAAUAUACGCUACAACAUAUCCAAUGGUUUGAGUUCACCCAUCCCAGAUGAAUCUGCUCCCAUGUACAUUACCAUUGGAGAUGGAGGAAACCUAGAAGGUCUUGCAUCAAGCUAUAACGAUCCUCAACCGGACUAUUCUGCAUUCCGCGAGGCUAGUUACGGGCACUCUACACUUGAGAUAAUGAACAAAACACACGCAUUCUACCAUUGGAAUCGAAAUGAUGAUGGAAAGAAAGUUAAAACCGACUCCGUUGUGUUACACAACCAGUACUGGAAGUUGAUGGAUACAGAGUAGAAUUUUUUAACCCGAUUUGUAACCAAGAGAAACAAGAAGUGUAUCCAAAGUUUGUUAUUUCUUAUAAUUCCACAAAGACAUAUGCAUGUCAUGUAAUUGUAGUUAUCCUAUCCCAUUAAUGCAAUAUCUAAUUUUAUCUUCAAUUAAAAGAAAAUGAAUCACGAAUAA